UCAAACUUGCUUUUCGAAAUCUGAGAUCAUAGCUUCAAUCAAUUACAUAUAAUUCUGAUCUAAACAGGGAUUUGAUUUUGACAUCAACGAUCUGAAUCCCGUUUUCUGAAAUACGGAUUCUUCAACUAGUAUAGAGAGUAGCUCUAUACCAAAACCCUCCAAUUUAGGAACUAGGGUAUAAACAGAUCGGCCGAAAUUUGUAGCCGAAAACUUUGGUGCUUUAAUGCGGCAAGGAAGAAGGUUAGUAUAACAUGUUUUGGAGGGAGCGCGAAAGGGAGAUCAACAAAGAGCAAAAUGGAGGCCCUCCUUGUGGGCAGGUUCGAGUUCUUGUUGUUGGGGACUCAGGUGUGGGAAAAACUUCUCUUGUUAAUCUGAUUGUGAAAGGUACAUCAACAGCACGUCCUCCUCAAACAAUUGGGUGUACAGUAGAUGUGAAGCAUUUUACUUAUGGAACUCCUAGUAGCUCUUCAGAUAGCAUUAAAGGCGACAAGGAUAGAGAAUUCUUCGUUGAACUCUGGGAUGUCUCUGGACAUGAACGAUAUACAGAUUGUCGUUCCAUCUUUUAUUCUCAAAUAAAUGGUGUUAUUUUUGUACAUGAUCUCUCUCAAAGAAGGACAAAAACAAGUUUGAAGAAAUGGGCCGCAGAGAUUGCAGCAACUGGGACAUUUUCGGCCCCUCUAGCAAAUGGCGGUCCUGGUGGCCUCCCUGUACCAUUCCUCGUCAUUGGUAACAAAGCAGACAUAGCUGUGAAAGAAGGCACAAGAGGUAGCAGUGGCAAUCUUGUUGACAUGGCUCGCCAAUGGGUUGAGAAGCAGGGUUUGCUUCCAUCAAAUGAAGAACUUCCUCUGAUCGACAGUUUUCCUGGAAGCGGAGGGCUUAUGGCGGCUGCAAAAGAAGCAAGAUAUGACAAGGAGUCUGUGUUGAAGUUUUUCCGUAUGUUGGUAAGAAGAAGGUAUUUUUCAGAUGAGUUACCUAUGGCAAGUCCAUGGUCUACCUCGGUACAAAGACCAUUGCAGAGGCCUGGGGACAAUUUGAGUGAUGAUGAUCAAUUAUACACGAGUACAAGGACAAUUGGUGAGGCCUACAAGUACAAUGUUCUACCACCACUUCCGGCUCAACGCAAUCUGACGCCACCUCCCACGCUUUAUCCUCAGCAGCCGGUGUUGACACCCGAUAACUACAACAUCCCAAGAUUCACGUUGAGCGGAGUUCAAGAAAUAAACAAUAUUAGAUCGAAACGAAAUGAUAUUAAUGUAUGAUGUUGCCAGUAUUACAAGAAAGGCAUAUGGUUGUUUUUUUCUUACUGUGUUGCUGCUUCUUGAUUGUAAACUAGUCCCAUUCAUUCUUUGACACCCACAACAGAUGUAUUGUUAGUUGGCUGCUUGGUUUGAUUUUUCUCUUUUUGGAAAGAAACUUGGUUUUAUUUGUUGCAUCA